AUGCUGGCAGGUGGCACCCGCAGGAACCGGACCGGGGCCGAACCCCCGCUGCACCUUUUCCCCGCUCCCGUCCUCACCGGCAUCACCGUCGCCUGCGUCCUCCUCUUCGUCAUCGGGAUCAUCGGCAACCUCAUGACCAUGCUGGUGGUGUCGCGGUUCCGGGACAUGAGGACCACCACCAACUUCUACCUGUCCAGCAUGGCCUUCUCCGACCUGCUCAUCUUCCUCUGCAUGCCCCUGGACCUCUUCCGCCUCUGGCAGUACCGGCCCUGGAACUUUGGGGACGUCCUGUGCAAGCUCUUCCAGUUUGUCAGCGAGAGCUGCACCUACUCCACCAUCCUCAACAUCACCGCCCUCAGCGUGGAGCGCUACGUCGCCAUCUGCUUCCCCCUCCGAGCCAAAGUCAUCAUCACCAAGAGGAAGGUCAAGCUGGUCAUCCUCUUCCUCUGGGCCAUCUCCUUCAUUAGCGCCGGACCCAUCUUUGUCCUGGUGGGGGUCGAGCACGAGAACGGCACGAACCCCCUGAGCACCAACGAGUGCCGAGCCACGGAAUACGCCAUCCGCUCGGGGCUCCUCACCAUCAUGGUCUGGACCUCCAGCAUCUUCUUCUUUCUGCCCGUGUUCUGCCUGACCGUGCUGUACAGCCUCAUUGGGAGGAAGCUCUGGAGGAGGAAGAGAAAGAACAUCGGUCCAAACGCUGUCAUCAGGGAUAAGAACAACAAGCAAACUGUGAAAAUGUUAGUUGUGGUGGUAUUUGCUUUCAUACUCUGCUGGUUGCCUUUUCACGUAGGACGAUACUUAUUUUCCAAAUCCUUUGAAGCUGGAUCCUUGGAGAUAGCAGUGAUCAGCCAGUACUGCAACCUGGUGUCCUUUGUCCUCUUCUACCUUAGUGCAGCCAUCAACCCCAUCCUCUACAACAUCAUGUCCAAGAAGUACCGCGUGGCCGCUUGCCGGCUCUUUGGCCUCAAACCCCUCCCAAAGCAAAGACUCUCCAGCACCAAGCAGGAAAGUUCCCUAGUGUGGACAGAACCCAGUGUUGUUACAUGAUACCUGGAUUCCAGCACCAGAGCAUCACUCACCUGGAUUUUCCAGAAAGCCAUAACGAAAGAGGGCGAGAAACACAAAUGGCAACGUCCCAGUUGUACUUCAGGCAUCGUCUGGAUGUGCUGAAAGGCAGAAUGUAGGCAGUUAAAGAUCUAAAAAACACAACCUUUGAGACUAUAAAAGGAGGGACAUGGUCACGGAAUUCGGCAACUCUCAAGUAUCAUUUUUCUGCUGCUUUUGCCCAUGUG